CUCUUAAGAGAGCCAAUGCGUAUCACUUACAUCUAGGAAUACGAGAAGGAUGCUAAUUUAUUCUUUGCAGGCUUCGAAUUGACUGUAACAUUAAAGCAACUUGAAGAAUUCUUCUAAAAAUGGGGUCAAGUUGUCAGUGUGAAGUUGUCUACUGAUGAGAAUAAGAAAAGUCGAGGUACAAUGUCAAUUAAAUUUAAGGUUAUGGAUGGGUGUAAUUUGAGAAGAAGGAAUAAGCCAAUGAAUUGUUGGCUGAGAGUACUGAUGGCACAAUCGUGUACAAUGAGAAAACAAAGAUCAUAAUCAAGAGAUUUGUUAAGAAAGGCCAAACAGACAGAGAGGACAAACGAAACAACCUCUACAUCAAGAACUUCUGGCCAUCAUUCGAAAAUUAUGAUUUGGAAAACCCAGAAGUUCGUGAAUCCUUAGUAUAAUUAAUGUUCAUCAUCAUCAUAGGAAAAAGAAAUGAGAGAGAAAUUAAAUGAGUGGUUCAAGGGUUAUGGAUAGAUUGUUUCAAUCCUAGUCAAAAUUGAUGUUGAAAGAAAAGCACCAUUCGCAUUUGUUAGUUUCAAUAGACAUCAAGAUGCUAAGGAGGCCUAAAGAGAACUUGGUACAACUCAAAAAAGAGAUCCUUUGAGUACAGGCAGAAUGAUGUAUGUUGGGUGGGCCUAGACCAAGACAGAUAGAAAACAGUAAAGAGACAAUAACAUCUUUGCUAAAUAUAUCUAUGCUGAUCAUCUCUCAAGAAAUGUCACUGAAGAAAUGAUCAGAACUACUCUCAAAGAAUGCGGAUAUGGUGAUAUUCAAAUGGUAUUCCUAUGACACUAUCAUAUUAGAUUAGACUAGAGAAAAUGCAAUAAGGAUUCCAAUAGAUCAUCAGAAUUGGAUACAUUGUCUUUGAUUAGGCUUCUGAUGCCAACAAAUUGGUUAAGAAUUUCAAGGAAAACGAAAAGUUUGAAGAAAUUAAGAAACUCUUCGAUCCAAAUGUCGAAACUGCUGGUGGCAAAUACUUCUAACAUCUCUUCCCUCAAUAAUCUUAAUCAAGAGGAUAAAGAAGAAACAAUCAAAGACAGUCACCCAACAGAAGAAUGUAUUCUAUGCCAUAAGGUCCUGCUCCAUUUGGCUAGAGAAUGCCUUUCCCUCCCUACCCAAUGCAAUAGAGAAUGUAGGGUCCAGGAGGAAUGAGAAGACCUUACCCAAUACAAAUGCCAGGAUUCCCUCAACCUUUAAGACCUAACAUCCCUCCUCCUGUUUAAUAACCUGAAGCUCAAUAGCAAGCUCCUCCUCAAGCUGUUGCCUUCAAUAAGAGAUAAGAUUUAUUAGAUUUGUUGGCUAAUAUUGAGACUUUCAAAGCCAAACCUUAGGAAGAAUAACUCAGAUAAAUUUAGUAAUAUAAUUUAACUACAAUUUUAGACAAAUGCUUUAUUACAGAAUUAAGGCAAGACUUAGUACUGACACAGAGGCGCAUUGGAAGAGAAUAAGUGAAAUUUUGUCAGAUCCCACUAAUUACUCAAUUGAAGAAAUCAUUGAGAUGUUCAAGGAAGAAGAGCAGUUUGACUCCUAUGUAGAUGAAGCCAUUGAAUAAUUAAAGGAAGCAUCAUGCUGGUGAUCAUUUUAUAAUCUGUUCAUUAAAUAAAUAUUAAUAAUAU